UCUAUUUGUUCCACCAUUCGUCUUCGUUCCUAAAUAAACCCUAAUUUCUGUAUUUUCGUUCGGAGUUUUGUCGAUUUCGAAAUUCGGAGUUGGGGUUUUCUGAUUCAAGAUGCUUCGAUCUCCCGGUCAUUCUCCGCUGCAGAUAUCUUCUCCGUCUCCGUCGUUGUAUUCCGAUGACGCCGUUAGCACAACCCCUGGAAGUUCUUCAUCGGCGAUCACGCCGCACAACCAUAGGAAGCGACCGAGGGUCCUCAACGAAGACACGUACGUUGCAGCCAUCGAGAAGAUCAUCGAGCGCGAUUACUUUCCGGAUAUAUCAAAACUUAAAGAUAGGCUCGAUUGGAUCCAGGCGGUGAAAACCGGCGACCCAGUUCAAAUCCGAGAUGCUCAGUUGAAGAUUAUCGAAAGGCGUGGCAAAAAGGUGAAUCGCGGGGACACUGAUGGUAAAACUCAAACUCCUGGAUCUACUUUCGUGAGAAAUUUCACUCCGUUUGAUGAUUUCGAUGGCAAAACCCCUAGAACUCCAGGAGUUUCUGGUGUAGAUUUGGGUGGUAUUGAAGAAGGUACUGAUGAUGGAGAUGUAGAUGUUGAUAUGUCCUUAGACCAGUUCUUUAGAAGGUUUACAAGUGAGGAUAAUGAUAGUUUCUCCAAGAUUCUGGAGAAGGUGAACAAGAAGAAGAAGGAGAAGUUUGGGCAUCUUCUUGAAGGUGAAAAGGAAGAUGUGAAAUCGAUAGAAGAUGCAAAAAGAGACAGGAUUACGGAUGGGUAUGGGACAUCGUAUCAGCCACCAAGCACCUUAGAAGGAUGGAGAUAUACGGCAAAGAACUUGCUGAUGUACCAUCCAUCUGAUCAGGGUGAGGCACCAUUAACUGAAGAAGAAAGAGCGGUGAGGUUGCAGGGUUUGACAAAGGAAAUUAACAAAGGAAACACCCGUUUUCUUGGCAAGAUGAUGGAUUCAAGGCCAAAGGAUGAUGGUACAGUUGAGAUUCUAUAUACUCCCAUUGCAGGUUCUUCUCCUAUGCCUAUGUCAGGAAGGCAGGGAGAAAAGUCUAAGAGGUAUGAUCUCGAAGAUUUGAGGAAAACUCCAAACCUUUUCUAUGCCGAGUCAGAUAAGAAGGCAGAGAACGGGUAUAGAUUCGUUAGGACACCAUCCCCUGCACCGGGUGUUGAUGAAUCGCCGAUUAUAACAUGGGGUGAAAUCGAAGGGACACCGUUGCGGCUGGAUGACGAGGACACACCUAUCGAUAUCGGCGGCAGUGCUGAUGGUCCACGGUAUAAUAUCCCUUCUGCACCUGCCCGAGACGUGAAGGCACAUUCUAUGUCAAGGGAGGCAUCACGAAAGCUGAGAGAGAGGUCCAACAGUAUGUUUAAGAAACCUCCUUUGCCUUCCCCUCAUCGCAGCGGAAGUGCCAGUCCAAAUGUCAGGACACUUUCACCCGCUGCCCAGAAGUUCUUCAGACGGGCCAUUGCCAAAUCCUCGUCUUCCGUUGAUGAGAGCCUCCGUGCGAGUUACCGAGGAGCAAGUCCCGGUGCGGUCACUCCUAAGAGCGUGAGGAGCGCCUCGAGGUUCGGCAGAGACUCGAGCUUGGGUUCAAGGUCGCCUUCCGUAAAAGAUGGUCCUAAUCAGCCGUGGUAAUAUGCUUUUACAAACGGUUGUGUGACAUUUCUGGUGUUGUUGUGAAUGUUGACAUGCCAACAAUAAUACAAUACUAGUUAAGCUUUUAUGAGACACAUAUAUAUAUAUAUAUAUAUAUCUUUUGCCAUGUUCUUCUUCUGUAUUCUUAACUUGCAGCUUCUUUGUUGGUGUUUUCCCCUUUUA